CCUGGCACAAUUUCUUGAGCAUUUUGGUAAAUAUGGUGAAAUUAAGGAUUCUGUGAUAAUGAAGGACCGAAAAACGGGACAGCCUCGUGGGUUCGGGUUUGUGACUUAUGCAGAACGUUCUGUGGUUGAUAAAGUCAUUGAGGACACUCAUGUUAUUAAUGGGAAGCAAGUAGAGAUUAAGAGAACAAUACCAAAAGGAGCCACUGGAAGUAAAGAUUUCAAGACUAGGAAGAUUUUUGUAGGUGGAAUUCCUUCAACUGUAUCCGAAGAUGAUACCAAUAUCUUCCUUUCUUUAAUGCAUAUAACAUUAAAGCUUCACUCCGUUUGUCCAGAAUAACUUGAUUCAUCGUAGAUAUUUCACGUAAAUGUUAAUCUAUUUGGUGCAAAUUGACAGAUGAGUUCAAGGACUACUUUACACAAUAUGGAGAAGUCAGAGAACACCAAAUCAUGCGGGAUCGUGCCACCAAUCGUUCCCGUGGUUUUGG